AUGAUGAAGCUGGUGGUGUUGUGCUUAGUGCUGGCGGCGGUCAGGGCGGAGCCGGGCGCGCUGCUCGCCGCGCCGCUCGUGGCGCCGCUCACGUACUCGGCGGCCGUCGUGGCGCCCGCCACCACCAGCAUCAGCCAGCAGAGCAGCAGCGUGGUACACCCCUCCCCCUACUACUACAACGCGGGAUACUUCCCGCACUUCAUCAAGAAGCGAUCCGUGAGCUUCGCGCUGCCGACUGCUUAUUCUACCCCCUACAGCCCACUGGGGUACCCGUGGCAGUUGCCAUACGCCGCACCCAUCGCUGCCCUGCCCGCUACGCCGGUCGUCGCACAUGCUCCCCUCGCCUACACCCAUCUCAUCAAGAAGCGCUCUGCUCCCCUGCUCGCGUCCGCCGCGUACAUCGCCCCUGCUACUUCCUACUCUCAUCAGUCUAGAGUUGAUGUAAGCCACUCCGCUCCUCUCAUCACAUCUUACGCGACACCCUUGGUGUACUCUAGCCCCUUCGGUUACUCACACUUCAUCAAGAAGCGUUCCGCUCCUCUGCUGGCCACUGUGGCAUAUGUCGCGCCCGCUGCCACCUCUUAUCAAACCAGGGCUGACGUCCGUCUCUCUGGUCCCCUGAUCACAUCUUAUGCAGCACCCAUUGCGUACACUAGUCCUCUCGCCUACACCCAUGUGUACUAAUUCAGCGAGUUACUUAAUAAACUUAACAAUCCUACUGCAAUAAGACUGGAAAACCUUACUAUAAAUAUGGAAUAAAAUGUAAACUGUGCAAUAUAUAAAUACAUGAACGAUACUGUUAAUGAGUAAAGACACUUCAAACUG